CGACAAAUCUAUGGAAGACACGUUUUGUCGUCUGUCCUUCUAAAUCUUGAAUGUCAAUCUAACCUGUUUGGCGCUUCAAAUGGAAUUAUUUGAAGUAAUCACAAUCUAAUCCAAGACAUAAUACGAUAAACGUUCAGGAAACGUUUGUUUUCCGUUAUUCUCUGAUCGUAAGGAGAACACACUCAGGUGCUUCCUAUAAUUUUUUAUACACUAUUGUACAUUAUACGGUUGUAUGUAUAUCGGUAACCGGUCUGUUUCAAUAUAAUAAUAUAAUGCAAGUGCCGACCAGUAUUGUUGUUUCGAAUUUGUUUGUGAUUGUAUCGAUUUGCAUAAAUAGUGUGCAAUGUGAGAAAGAAAAGCCGGGCAAAGAGGAAUUGAAGGAUCAGAAGCUUCCGCCCUGCGCAGCGUGCAAAGUGUUCACCAAUAGUUUCAAAAAAGGUUUAGAGAAAACAAGUCGUGGUAAGUUUGAGGGUGGUGAUAGCGCUUGGGAAGAGGACAAGCUUGGUUCCUAUGCUAACAGCGAAAUACGAUUGGUUGAGAUACAGGAGAAUUUGUGCAAAGACAUUGAACAAGGAGAGACACAGUGCCACAGUUUAGCUGAGGAUUUGGAAAGUUUGAUAGAGGAUUGGUGGUUCAAACAUCAAGAUACUUAUCCAGAUAUAUACGAUUAUAUUUGUAUAUCAAAGACACAACGUUGUUGUCCCAAGGAUCACUAUGGUCCAAGCUGCAAACCAUGUUCAGGAUAUCCAGACAAAGUGUGCAGUAAUAAUGGCAAGUGCAAAGGAGCUGGCACUAGAAAAGGAAGUGGCAGUUGCCUCUGCGACAAAGGUUAUAUCGGAGACAUCUGUUCAGAGUGUGCUUCAGGAUACUAUGAAUCUUACAAGGAUGAGAAGACCUUGCUGUGUUCUGCAUGCCAUGCAGCAUGUGAGGGACCCUGCAAAGGUGCUGGGCCGAAGGACUGCGAGAGAUGUGCAAGUGGAUGGCAAAUGAUAGAGGACAAAGGCUGCUUUGACAUCGAUGAGUGUCGAAAAAAGAUCUGCUCUAGGAAUGAGUUUUGCAUAAAUAAAGAAGGAGGAUACUCUUGCUUAGCUUGUGACAGAGCUUGUGAUGGUUGCAUCGGUGAUGGUCCAGAUAUGUGCAUCAAGUGUGCUGAGGAAUAUUAUAAGAAAGAAAAUGUGUGCAUAAAUUCGGACUUGCUCAACCGCAAGAAACAGGAAAAUCUGACGCGAUAUCUGACGUAUCUUGGUCUCUGUGUCGCGACGUGUAUCAUCUUGCAGCGCAACAUUUACGCGGCAGGCGCUAUCGGCCUGCUAGUCGCGGUGUACAUAUCCGUCUCGGAGUAUAUGAUCGCAAACAGCAACGUCCAAGAUACCACAGCGAACAUGGACAUUCUAGGACCAGCUUAAAUAGGCACACAAUUUUCAACGAUUCUCUCCGCGAAGCUAUUUCGUGUUGUACUGACAGAAGGAAUCAUCAUUCACAUGUAAAAUAGAUCAUGUUAGAAUUGAUUGUAACGUGUCGUUGAGCGCGAGUUGCAAAGGAUAGAACAAUUUUAUUUAUAUUAUUAAAAAAGGAAACGAAAAAAGGAAAUAUUCUGUUGAUAUAUUUUUCAAAUUAGAGAUUUUCUGAUGUAUGUUUCUGUUUUCCGGUUUGGUUAUAAAAAUCGCGUGAUUUUGAUUUAGAUAUAUAUUUUUUUGUCAGAGUCACUACGGUUUUUUUGUCCUGUGUGCACUCUUAUCGUAUAUGUUACACACACACAUACACACACACACGUUACUGUAUAUAAUAUAUUUCUCAGCGCAAGAUAACAAAAAAAAACGAGAGGAUAUUGGCGGAUUUGACAUAAAGUGCAUUAUACAAGGUGAGUGUAUUAGACAUUUUUAUACUCGCAUAAAAGAGGGUAUAGAUGACUCUCUGAGACAUGUGCACCUGUAGUUUCUGGUAGAAACACUACAAAAAGAACAACGUCGGCUUCAACGCGAAGAGGAGAAUGUGGGAAUAUCGUCAGUGAUAAACUUUAAACACGAAAGUUCUGCCUCGCGUGUGUCACAAGCUCGCUGUAAAUUCCUCCUUAUUUCAUCUUAUCUCGUCGCUACGCACAAAAUAUCGUGAAAUUUGAUCAUACCGAAGAAUAAAAUUUCACACUCUUGCGAGUAGGAAUCUAUGAUAACGUUCACCAAAGAAUACGGCAUUACAUACAUAUAUACAUAUAUACAUUCUGUAUUUGAUAUACAUACAUGCAACUUCGAUUCAUACAAACGCAUUGUAUGUAAAACAAAUACUCUCUCGAUAAGUAAAUAUAUUACGAAAAUAAAAGAACUUUAUUAUCUCUCA